AUGACAGCUGUCGCUACUCCUCGCGCACCCACGCCGCGCCCGAAAGCCCCCGCAACAGUCAGUUUCGCGAACGACAUCACCUCCUUUGCCCCGACACCCUCGACCCCCGCUACCGAACGUCUCCGUCCGCAGUUGCAGAGCAAUCCUUCCGCUCGCCGAUCAAUUCGCGCAGCCCCUGCCGACUUCCUCUCCGACAGGGCCACUGCCGCCUUCAUCCGUCGUGUCCUAUGUUCCCAACAGCUCUCCGAUAAGGAGAGAACCACUCCGCCCCCGAUCGAGGAGCUACUGCCGCCCCUGACAAGUCGAAACGACGUCGACCUUCAGCUUUACGCCCUGAUUGCUGUCAUUUUGAGGGAAUACGUACAGGCCUGGUACAGCAAGAUCACACCAGAUGAGGCCUUUGUCGACGAGAUUGUCCAGAUCAUAGCCCAUUGUACCAGAGCUCUGGAACAACGGCUACGGAAGGUCGAUCUAGAAAGCUUGCUCUUCGACGAGCUUCCCGACUUGCUGGACAAACAUAUCGUCGGCCUCCAACGGAGAUAG